AUGGCCCCUGUUAUCGCGGAAAUCUUCUAUACAGGCGCUGUUCCUGAUGCUUUGGCCACCGCAUUCGCGCGCGAAACGCCCGAGUCAGAUGGCCCUCCGACGAAACGCAGAAAGCUAGCCUCAGCGCCACAAAGCCUCGCAGAGUUGAACGGAGUGUCGGAGAAGAAAGAGCCUUUGGGGUAUAUACCAUUGGCGAGGUUUCAUUUAUAUUUGAAAUUCGCACACCCGAGCCCUUCCUUCGACGAGUCUAGCAAUUCGGUUGAGACACUGCCCGAUCUGCCCAUACUGAUUCGCGAUGCAAGAAACCAUCCCACCUUCAGACCUGCGUCGCAAGCCGGGGCGUCAGAUACCAGCACCAAGGUUGCGCUCGUGACUCCGAAUAAUGACAAGACACUUCUCGAAGUGGAAUGCACGGAUUCCAAGAUUAUAGAAUUCGGCGAGAACCUGAAGCUUGCGGCCGGCUUAGCGUGUGCCGAUCGAAUUCUGCGGACCAUCCCACCAGUGUGUUAUCAGUCGAAGCUUCGCCACUUGGACGAUGGAAAGAGCUUCUGCCUGGAGACAGUCAUUCUGUGGAAAGACUCACUGGACAUCCUCGAUUAUAAGAAGUUGCAUGUCGGUCCAUUGAAGGUGUUCUCGAAGUAUAUAUUGCAGGAACCCGAGUUUGUGAAUAGGAACCAGAAACGCCGAACGCCGGGGAAAAGCGCAGGGUGGCAUCCCCGCGACUUUUACGAAAACGUCCAUGUUCCCGAAGAUACGCCCAGCUCUUCAGCAGAGGUGAAGUGCGAUAUGAUCCAAUGCGAAUUAUUCCCAUUCCAACGCAGAGCCGUUCGUUGGCUCCUGCAGCGGGAGGGCAUGGAGCUCGAGCCAAGCGGGGAGGUCGUCCCCGUCAAGCAUGAAUCUAUCGACUCACUACCUAUGUCCUUUCAGCGAUUUGAAGAUGCAGAUGGCCGUGUUUGCUUCGCCAGUCAGUUGUUCAUGGUAGUCACCAGUGACGUGUCGAACUGGUAUGAUGCAGGGAACCAUCUAAAGGGUGGAGUGCUUGCUGAGGAGAUGGGUCUCGGGAAGACGGUGGAACUGAUAAGCCUGAUGUGUCUGAAUCGCCGGUUGUUGACACCCGAAGAGACCUUCGCCAGGAAUUCUGAUGGUCUGCGACCUUCUGGCGCGACGCUGAUCAUCACGCCGCCGGCGAUUUUGGAGCAAUGGGAGCAAGAAAUCAAACUUCACGCACCCGGACUCAGUGUGCUUCAUUACACUGGUAUACAUCGCCAUCAGGAACUUUCUGACCAAGAAAUGGUCGAGUUGCUUGCUGACCACGACGUCGUCCUCACCACGUAUAACGUCCUUGCGCGCGAGGUCCAUUACUCUGGCGACGCCCCGAAAAAGAAUCUACGGCACGAGAAGAAAUAUGAAGCCAGGAAGACACCUUUGGUGAAGAUAUCAUGGUGGCGUGUCUGUCUGGAUGAAGCCCAGAUGAUCGAGAGUGGCGUCAGCAAUGCAGCCAAAGUUGCCCGUUUGAUUCCGCGUCGAAACGCCUGGGCAGUUACCGGAACGCCACUUCGCAAAGACAUAACGGAUCUUCUUGGGCUUCUGAUAUUUCUUCAUUAUCACCCAUUCUGUGGGUUUAUCUGGCAUACGCUGUGUGUUGACUUCACCUCGGUUUUGGCUAGAAUUGUCAACAGCAUCGCUCUCCGGCACAGCAAGGAUCGUGUCCGCGAUGAGAUCCAAUUGCCAGCUCAGAAGAGGCUUGUCAUCACUAUACCUUUCACCGCAGUUGAAGAGCAGCAUUAUAAUCAGCAAUUCGAACAAAUGUGUGAGGAUUGCGGCUUCGAUCUAUUCGGAGCUCCUACGCGCGACGACUGGAAUCCCGACGACCCCUCGGUGGUUGAGAAGAUGCGGAGCUGGCUGGUGCGGCUACGCUUGACCUGCCUUCAUCCAACCGGAAACUACAGGCGUGGCUUUGGGGCGGGCGGGCCGUUGAGAUCGGUUGCUGAAGUCCUCGAGCAAAUGAUCGAUCAAAAUGACGCCCUGAUAUACGGCGAGGAACGGACACUUCUUCUAUCCCGACUGCGAAGAGGACAAUUGCUGGAGAACGCUAUGCAUCGGCAACAAGCUCUCGACCUGUGGAUGGCAUCCUUGAAGCGAGCCGCCGCCAUUGUCAAGGAGUGUCGUGAGCGGCUGGAGUCUGAGCGCAAGAAGAUUAAAACGACCACGGACACGCCUGAAAAAGAUGCCGGUUCUGCUGAUACAAGCGAUAUCGAGGGAGAAGAUGCAGACAAGAAUCCCAGAGUAGGUGCCAUGCGCCAGAGGCUGCGGUCGGCCCUCGAAGUCGAGCAUAUAUGUGUCUUCUUUACCGGAAACGCAUAUUAUCAGAUUAAAACUGACCCAAAACUCACGGAACCCGAAUCUGAGCGAUUUGCAGCCUUGGAGAAACUCGAAGUAGAGGCAUACGAGAAAGCGAAGUUAAUUCGUAAAGAAUUGCUUACUGACAUCUCUCGGAAGGCGGGUCGACUCAUGAAGGUGAUCAAGGAGAAGAACAAGCAUAAACAAUUUGUGAAAAUCAUCAAAAUGAAACCCCAGCUCUACAACAAGGGUCUGGAGUCCCGUAGGGUUCUCGAUGAGUUUGAAGAAUUCUGCGAGACGAUGAACAAACACGCCGAACAGUAUGAUGAGUGGCGACAAAUCAUGAUCAAGCUGCUUUCACAGUCUCUCAUCGACCAAGAAGAUGAGUCGGAGCUUGAAGGCGAUGAAUACGAGCAGUCGACAAAGCAGCAGGAUGAAAUGUACGUCUAUAUGGAAGCAUUGCGUGCAAUGUUUGCAGAUCGCCACGACGCCCUGACAGGACAGAGGAACAUCCUUAUCGCACACGAAGUGAAGACGGGUAUAAUCCAAGCCAAGAAAGGAGAAGGACCUUCCCCCAAACUCUUCCUGGAGGUUAUGGACAUCCGGAGCCGGCUCAAACCUGAUGCUGGCCGCUCGCUCCGCGCCAUCAUCACCGAACUACGCAGUCUCGCGACAUCCCUUGAAUGGCAGGCAAAUGAAGGAAGUGCCCGUGCCCGUGCCGAGCUUGAGAUCGUCACUCUCGUCAUCCAGAAUGCUGCCCACAUAGCAUCAGAGCAGGGAAAGAUCGCUUCAAACCUGGAAAGGGAAGUAGAAAUGUUCCGAGAUACGAUGAACAAUCGUCUCGCCUACUAUCGCCAGCUGCAGCAGAUUUCUGACACAGUCGCCCCUUACGAUGAAGAAAGUGUCGGGAAGCCCCUUGACCAGGUGCUCUUCGAUUCGAAGCUCAGGCAGGAGGAGGCGUUGGACGAGAAAAUUUCAGCGUUAAAGGCUAAACGCCGUUAUCUUAUCCAUCUGCGGGAUGAGUCCGGUUCGGAGGACGUUUCACGAACAUGCGUUAUAUGCCAGUCAAUCUUUGAGAUCGGUGUGUUGACGGUUUGUGGCCAUAAAUACUGCAAGGAUUGUCUGCGCAUGUGGUGGAACCAGCAUCGGAAUUGCCCAACCUGCAAAAAGCGACUGAAAGGAAACGACUUCCACCAGAUCACGUAUAAACCGCAGGAAUUUGUCGUGCAAGUGGAGAAGACGCCUACUAAGAUCGAGACCGAACGAUCGUCAAAGAAUCUGAUAUACGCCGACAUCAGUUCCGGGACCAUGGCAGAGAUCAAAAACAUUGAUCUGGACAGCUCCUUUGGUACAAAGAUCGAUAUGCUGGCGCGUCACAUUUUGUGGCUGCGUGAACACGACCCCGGGGCAAAGUCCGUCGUCUUCUCCCAAUAUAAAAGCUUCUUGACCUACCUACGGGUGGCGUUUUCCAAGUUCAAAAUUGGUUUCAGCAGUGUCGACAGCAAUGAUGGCAUCCACAACUUCAAGAGUGACCCAUCGGUCGAAUGCUUUCUCCUCCACGCCAAAGCCCAAUCAUCGGGGCUGAAUCUGGUCAACGCGACACAUGUGUUCCUCUGCGAACCGCUGAUCAACACAGCAAUCGAGCUCCAAGCUAUUGCUCGUGUGCAUCGUAUUGGUCAGCAUCGGCCAACCACGGUGUGGAUAUCACGAUUCAUUGAGGAUUUACGGUGUAUCACAGAGGGUUAA